UAGCUUACUGGUCAGUGACGCUGGGGGAAAAGAGACAGGGGAAGGAGUAGGCGACGUGUUUGGCGGAUUGGAAUUUUUAAAAGCUUCUUGACCGCUGGAUUUUACAAACAACAUUUUACUGACAUACUAACUUCCUAGAAAUAAUUAUUAUAGGCUACGACGACGAAGUGUGUUUAUCUUGGAAUUCAUUCGCCUCCACCGCCCUGCGCCCCCGACUCCUUCACAGCUACUCGCCAUUUGCCCCCUCCCUCGCUGACAAGAUCACUCUAAAGAGGGGCUAGGAAGAAAUAAAUACUUAAAAGAAAUACAGUUAGUAACAUAGUUUAGUGUGGUGUUAUAAACGUGUCACACAUCAUGUCGGGGAGUGAAGAUGACAGAGAUGACUUCGGACCAGCGGAUGAAAGUGCACUUGUACAUGAUGAAGAGGAGCCUGAAGAGCCCGCUGAGGUUGAAGCCCCAAAAUCCAAGAAGAAGAAGAAGGCCAAGAAGAGCCGUGAGAGCCGGAGCAGCAAGAGGCAGAAGCCAAGAGAGCAGCAACAGGAAGUGGCUCCGAGCUCUCCCGAGGCUGUGGAGGCCGUAGGCCUGGCCGAGGUGGAGGAGGAGGAGAAGAGGGCGCCAGCCCGGUCGGAGAGCGAGGGCAGCGACUACGCCCCCAGCAAGAAGAAGAAGAAGAAGUCCAGCUCCUCCAGAGACAGAAAGAAACCAACGGCGGCAGAGAAGAACAGUGGCGGAAAGAACAAGAGGAAAGAGCCAGAGCCAGAGGAUGAGGAAGAUGACGAUGACGAUGGUCAGGAACCUAAGACAUCAGCCCAGCUGUUGGAGAACUGGGGCAUGAAGGAUAUCGAUUACGUCUUCACCCAGCAGGACUACGGCUCCCUAACCAACUACAAAGCCUUCAGUCAGUUUGUCAGGCCGCUCAUAGCUGCGAAAAACCCCAAGAUCGCCGUGUCGAAGAUGAUGAUGGUGCUGGGUGCCAAGUGGCGUGAGUUCAGCACCAACAACCCGCUCCGCGGCUCCGCCAGCGCCAGUGCUGCCCUGGCCGCCGCCAACGUGGCCGUCGCCGUGGAGACCAUGGUGUCGGGGGGCAACGGGCCGGACGGAGCGGGCACCACCGGGACCACCGCGCCCGCUGACACCCCCCCAGCGCCAACCCCUCCCCCACCUACACCAGCGCCACAGCAGCCAGCUGCACCACCCCCACCCCCGCCCCCGCCCCCCCCUCCUGCCCCACCACUCCGCAAGGCCAAGACCAAAGAGGGCAAAGGCCCCAACGCUCGCAAGAAGAGCAGGCCCCCUCCAAAGCCUGCAGACAAGAAGUCCAAAGCCAAGAAGGUGGCUCCCCUCAAGAUCAAGCUGGGCAGCUUCAAGAGGAAGCGCUCCUCGAGCGGCGAGGAUGAGGAGGGCGACAGCGACUUCGACCGCUUCUCCGUGUCCGACGGCUCCGGCCGAAGCAGCCGCUCCAAGAAGAAGCCCAAGAGCUCCAAGAAGAAGAAGAAAGUGGACGAGGAUGCGGACGGCUAUGAGACGGACCACCAGGACUACUGUGAGGUGUGCCAGCAGGGCGGCGAGAUCAUCCUGUGUGACACGUGCCCCAGAGCCUACCACAUGGUGUGCCUGGACCCUGACAUGGAGAAGGCCCCCGAGGGCACCUGGAGCUGCCCACACUGCGAGAAGGAGGGCAUCCAGUGGGAGGCGCGUGAGGAGAGCUCUGAGGGGGAGGAGGCUGAGGAGGAGGCGCGGCGGGACGAGGGGGAGGUGGAGGAGGACGACCACCACAUGGAGUUCUGCCGCGUGUGCAAGGACGGGGGCGAGCUGCUGUGCUGCGACACCUGCCCCUCCUCCUACCACCUGCACUGCCUCAACCCGCCCCUGCCCGACAUCCCCAACGGAGAGUGGAUCUGCCCACGCUGCCUGUGUCCAGCAAUGAAAGGGAAGGUCCAGAAGGUUCUGAUUUGGCGCUGGGGUCAAGCCCCGCCCCCUAUCCCAGUGCCCCGCCCAGCGGACCUCCCGGCCGACGCCCCCGACCCCAAGCCCAUGGUGGGCCGGCCCGAGAGGGAGUUCUUCGUCAAGUGGUGCAACAUGUCCUACUGGCACUGCUCAUGGGUCCAGGAGCUACAGCUGGAGCUGAACUGCCAGGUGAUGUUCCGUAACUACCAGCGCAAGACGGACAUGGACGAGCCUCCGAGCGUGGACCUGGGGGCGGAGGGGGACGAGGACAAGAGCAGCAAGAGGAAGAUCAAGGACCCCACCUACGCGCGCAUGGACGACCAGUUCGGACGCUACGGCGUCAAGAUGGAGUGGCUCCUCAUCUACCGCGUCCUCAACCACAGUGUGGACAAGAAGGGCAACGUGCACUACCUGAUCAAGUGGAGAGACCUGCCCUAUGACCAGUCCACCUGGGAGAGCGAGGAAAUGGACGUCCCCGAGUUCGACACCUUCAAACAGCACUACUGGAACCACAGAGACCUGAUGAUUGGUGAGGAGGUGCGACCGGGUAAGAAGCUGAAGAAGACGAAAGUAAAGCGUACGGAGAAGCCUCCAGCCAACCCAGUGGUGGACCCCACCAUUAAGUUUGACCGGCAGCCGGACUACCUGGACAGCACGGGCGGCACGCUGCACCCGUACCAGCUGGAGGGGCUCAACUGGCUGCGCUUCUCCUGGGCACAGGGCACCGACACCAUCCUGGCCGACGAGAUGGGCCUGGGCAAGACCGUGCAGACCGCAGUCUUCCUCUACUCCCUCUACAAAGAGGGUCACUCUAAAGGUCCCUUCCUGGUGAGCGCCCCCCUCUCCACCAUCAUCAACUGGGAGCGUGAGUUUGAGAUGUGGGCGCCGGACAUGUAUGUGGUCACCUACGUGGGGGACAAAGACAGCAGAGCCGUCAUCCGUGAGAACGAGUUCAGCUUCGAGGACAACGCCAUCCGCGGAGGCAAGAAGGCCUCAAAGAUGAAGAAAGAGGCUACAGUGAAGUUCCAUGUGCUGCUGACCUCCUAUGAGCUGAUCACCAUCGACCAGGCCAUCCUGGGCUCCAUCGACUGGGCCUGCCUGGUGGUGGACGAGGCCCAUCGCCUCAAGAACAACCAGUCGAAGUUCUUCCGAGUGUUGAAUAACUACCCUCUCCAGCACAAGCUGCUGCUUACGGGCACUCCUCUGCAGAACAACCUGGAGGAGCUCUUCCACCUGCUCAACUUCCUCACUCCUGAGAGGUUCAAUAAUCUGGAGGGUUUUCUGGAGGAGUUUGCCGACAUCGCUAAGGAGGACCAGAUCAAGAAGCUCCAUGACAUGCUUGGGCCCCAGCCCUCCAAAACAGAGCUCAUCGUCCGCGUGGAGCUCAGCCCCAUGCAGAAGAAGUACUAUAAGUUCGUGCUGACGCGCAACUUUGAGGCUCUGAACACGCGUGGUGGUGGCAACCAGACAUCUCUGCUCAACGUGGUGAUGGACCUGAAGAAGUGCUGCAAUCACCCCUUCCUCUUCCCCAACGCUGCCCUUGAAGCGCCCAAGAUGCCCAAUGGGAUGUACGAGGGGAUUUCCCUGACCAAGGCCUCUGGGAAACUCAUGCUGCUCUACAAGAUGCUCAAGAAACUCAAGGACGGGGGCCACAGGGUCCUCAUUUUCUCACAGAUGACCAAGAUGUUAGACCUGCUGGAGGACUUCCUGGAGAACGAAGGCUACAAAUACGAGCGCAUCGACGGAGGUGUGACCGGCUCCAUGAGACAGGAGGCUAUCGAUAGGUUCAACGCUCCUGGUGCCCCUCAGUUUGUGUUCCUGCUGUCGACGCGAGCAGGAGGCCUGGGCAUCAACCUGGCCACUGCUGACACGGUCAUCAUCUACGACUCCGACUGGAACCCCCACAACGACAUCCAGGCGUUCAGCAGAGCUCACCGUAUUGGUCAGAACAAGAAGGUCAUGAUCUACCGCUUCGUCACCAAGGCCUCUGUGGAGGAACGGAUUACUCAGGUGGCAAAGAAGAAGAUGAUGCUGACCCACCUGGUGGUGCGGCCCGGCCUGGGCUCCAAGGCCGGCUCCAUGUCCAAGCAGGAGCUGGACGACAUCCUCAAGUUCGGCACGGAGGAGCUCUUCAAGGACGAGCUGGGACGAAUGACGGAUGGAGGAGACACUAAGGAGGAGGACAGCAGUGUGAUUCACUAUGACGACAAGGCCAUCGACCGGCUGCUGGACCGUAACCAGGACGCCACUGAGGACAACGAGAUGCAAAGCAUGAACGAGUACCUGAGCUCCUUCAAGGUGGCCCAGUACGUGGUCAAGGACGAGGACGAGGAGGAGGAGGAGGAGGAGCGUGAGAUAAUUAAGCAGGAGGAGAGUGUGGACCCAGACUACUGGGAGAAGCUGCUGCGCCACCACUACGAGCAGCACCAGGAGUACCUGGGCCGCGACCUUGGCAAGGGCAAGCGCCCGCGCAAGCCCGUCAACUACAACGACUGCUCGCAGGAGGACCGAGGUAGUAGACGGGAUUGGCAGGAUGACCAGUCUGACAACCAAUCAGAUUACUCUGUGGUUUCAGAGGAGGGUGAUGAAGAUUUUGACGAACGCGCGGAAGCUGCUAACUCCCGCCGGCCGAACCGUAAGGGGUUGAGGAACGACAGAGACAAGCCACUGCCCCCCCUACUGGCCAGGGUGGGCGGCAACAUCGAGGUGUUGGGCUUUAAUGCCCGCCAGAGGAAGGCCUUCCUGAACGCAGUGAUGCGUUAUGGGAUGCCUCCCCAGGACGCUUUCACCACCCAGUGGCUGGUCAGGGACCUGCGGGGCAAAUCAGAGAAGGAGUUCAAAGCGUACGUGUCCCUCUUCAUGCGACACCUGUGUGAACCGGGAGCCGAUGGGGCGGAGACGUUUGCGGACGGUGUCCCGCGGGAGGGGUUGUCACGGCAACACGUUCUGACGCGCAUCGGCGUGAUGUCCCUCAUUCGCAAAAAGGUAUGGGGCCCCUCCCAUAAGGUGCAGGAGUUUGAGCAUGUGAAUGGCCAGUGGUCCAUGCCCUGGAUGAAGGAGCUGGAGGAGAGCAAGAAAGCCGCCGCUGUUGCCACGGGAGACGACCCCAAGACGCCCUCCACUGGAACACCAGCGGACACCCAACCCAACACACCUGCCCCAGAGGAUGCCUCUAAGGUGGACGAUGGGAAGGAUGUGGAGGAGAAGAUGGAGGGCGAUAGCGAGAUGGACGUGAGGAGGGUGAAGUCAGACGAGCCUGAGAUCAUUGAGAUCCCUGACGAGAGUGACAAGUCACCCACCCCCGAGAGCGAAGAGAAGCAGACCGCCGCUGCCGCCGCCGCCGACGCUAAGCCUGCCCCGUCAGAGGAUGCAGCGAGCGCGGAGGCGGAGAAGGAGAAGGAGAAACCAAAGGAUGACGGAGAGAAGGAGAAGGAGAAGGAGAAGGAGAAGGAGGAGAAGAGUAAAGAGACGGAGGAGGAGGAGAGCAGCUCGUCCACGGAGCUCAAGUCCGAGGGGGCGGAGGAAACCAAGGCCAAAGAGGAAUGUAAGGAGGAGAAAAUGGACACAAGCUCUACAGCAGAGGAGAAAAAAGAACCAAAGGAGGAGAAGGAUGGCGUGAAGACGGAGGAGAGUGGGAAGCUGCAGAAUGGAGAGACCAUGAAGGAGGUCAGCGGAGGAAUGGACAUAGUGAUCGAGGAGAAGAAGAAGGCCGCCGCUAAGCAGCGCUUCAUGUUCAACAUUGCUGAUGGAGGCUUUACCGAGUUGCACUCCUUGUGGCAGAAUGAGGAGAGGGCUGCUACAGUCACCAAGAAGACCUACGAGAUCUGGCACCGUCGCCAUGACUACUGGCUCCUGGCUGGCAUCAUACAUCACGGCUACGCACGCUGGCAGGACGUGCAGAACGACGUGCGCUUCGCCAUCCUCAACGAGCCCUUCAAGGGGGAGAUGAGCCGCGGCAACUUCCUGGAGAUCAAGAACAAGUUCCUCGCUCGCCGCUUCAAGCUGCUGGAGCAGGCUCUGGUGAUCGAGGAGCAGCUGAGGCGGGCGGCGUACCUGAACAUGUCGGAGGACCCGGCGCACCCCAGCAUGGCGCUCAACACGCGCUUCAGCGAGGUCGAGUGUCUGGCCGAGUCCCACCAGCACCUCAGCAAGGAGUCCAUGUCCGGCAACAAGCCUGCUAAUGCCGUGCUCCAUAAAGUUCUCAAACAACUGGAAGAGCUGCUCAGUGACAUGAAGGCCGAUGUCACCCGUCUCCCGGCGACCAUCGCCCGGAUACCCCCGGUGGCCGUGCGGCUGCAGAUGUCCGAGCGGAACAUCCUGAGCCGGCUGGCGAGUCGCGGGCCGGAGGUGGCCCAGACGCAGACGCCACGCUGACCUCCCCGUGACCCCCUCAGGGAAGGAGGAUGAAGGCCCGCACUCCGAUCUCAGUCUCCCUCCUCCUCUUCCUCCUCCUCCUCUUCCUCCUCUACUGUACAUAACCCCCCCCCCCACCCCCCCACGCCCUCCUCCCCCAGAAGCACAGGAGGGCUCCAUGGUAGCUGUUGCCACGGUAGCUGUCUCUGUGGAGAUAAGCAGGGAUGACAUUCAAGCACCUCAGCGCACACUUCUCCCUCAACUGGUUUCUGACUCUCUCCAUCGCUCGCUCUCUCCUCCACUCUCUUUUCACUGCAUCUGUUCUGCGUUCAGGGCGAGGGUGAGAUUUAGAGAACCUUUGGACUGACGCUUCUGACACACACACACACACACGCAGACACACACACACAGAGAGAGAGAUAGAGAGAGUUACGCACCUACACACACAGACAGAUGGAAAGACACAGCACUUAUUAGCCCUGUUGUGUUGCCAGGGUCUCUGUCACCAAAGCCAUCACUCCAAUUGUUGAAAGACACUGUUUCUUUUCUGAAAGCAAUAAAACUCAAACACCAACUCUACUGUAAGAUACUACAAAAGCAAGAAAGGGAAUUUCAUGUUGUUUGUAACGUUUUUAUGAGUUCAAUCAGGUUGCAGGUUGCUCCAAGUGAAAGAUCCUGCCGAAGCAUUGAUGCCACAUAUUAACUCACAUCAUGACUGGACCCAAUUCACUCCCUGUAGAGUGUGUGUGUGUGUGUGCGUGCGUGCGUGUGUGUGUGUGUGUAGUUGUGAUGAUGGUGGCCUAAAUGGCCUAAUGUUUAAAGGACACCCCCCCCCCCCAACACACACCCAGACACACAAACACAUGAAUACACACACACACACACACACACACAGACACACACACACACACACACACACACACACACACCAGGAAUAGGAGGGAAGCUGCAGAAGCAGGAUCUCACAGUAUUUACUAUUUUCUGUCAACUUCUCCAAUCCCCCCCCCCCCCACCCCCACACACACACACACUGGACAGAAGCUUAACAGGGUUUACUUUUUUGUAGUUUUUGUACCUUCUCCCAGGCACCAUGCACUGAGUUAGAUCAAGACGCCCUUCCCCCUUCAGCUCAUCUACAUUCCUGAUUGGUCCCUAGAUGAUGCCAUCACACCUUUCAGCCUCGCCCCCUUUGCCUGAUGUAAAGACCUGCAUCGAUAAGUCCCUGGAUAACACAAGUGUGGCUAUUUAAUUUAAGGUAGUUUUUUUAUUAUUGGUAUUGAAAGGUUCAAUUGUUAUGCUUUGUAAUAUUGCUGUUAUUACCAUUUUCUUGUUUCUAUGAGUACUGAUUAUGGUUUUUGAAACCUACAAUAAAACCAAGCGAAAAAGGGA